CAGGGUGCGGGACAGAAGGCCAGGUGCUGUCAAAGAGGGUGUGAGAUUCAGCUAGUCUGAACGGAUACCUGGCACCCCAAGAUCUCACCAAGGGAACCUAGCCAGCAAAAGAUCAGGUACCCCUUGCAUGGGGUAUGUGGGGCUGAAGACAACACUAGAGACUUGAUCACCUAGAACUGCACCAUGGAGGAACCGCAGGUAGAGUAUGAAGAGGUAUUGGAAGAGAGGCUGGAGAUUGAGGUCUAUGAUGACCCUGAAAUCCCUCUUCCUCAGGUUAUUAUGGAGGAGCAACCAAAUCACACCCAGGAGCCAACAGCCACAGACUACCAGACCAGACUAUCAGACUCGGGCACCCGCGAGCUCUAUGUGGAGCUGCAGGAGCUGGUGAUGGAUGGGAAGAAUCAGGAGCUUCGAUGGAUGGAGGCGGCGCGUUGGGUUCAAUUGGAAGAGAAUCGGGCUGAGGCCGGGGGUUGGGGUCGCCCCCACAUUUCCUGCUUAACUUUCUGGAGUCUUCUGGAACUACAGAGAACAUUUAAAAGGGGCACUGUGAUCCUGGACCUGCCUGAGACCACCCUGCCUGGGAUUGUGAACCAGCUUCUAGACCAAUUCAUCUAUGAAAGUCAAGUCCAGCCCCAAGAUCGGGAUGAGCUGCUAAGGGCUCUACUGCUCAAACACAGCCAUGAAGGAGAGCUGGAGGCUUUGGGAGGUGUGAAGCCAGUUGUGCUAAAGCGCUCAGGAGAGACCUCUGAACCCCUUUUGGCCCAAUAUCCCUCCUUGGAGAACCAGAUCUACUGUGAGCAGGGAGAGGGCUCCUCAGACCGCUCACGGACAUCUCACAUCCUGGAGAAGAUCCCUCCUGAUGCAGAGGCCACACUGGUACUAGUGGGUCGGGCCUCCUUCCUGAAGCAGCCCAUCCUGGGCUUUGUGAGGCUUCAGGAGGCAGCCAGGCUGGAAGCGGUGGACCUCCCCGUGCCUGUGCGCUUCCUCAUGGUGCUCUUAGGGCCCGAGGCCCCCCACGUGGACUACACCCAACUUGGCCGGGCUGCUGCCACCUUGAUGUCUGAGAAGGUAUUCCGAGUAGAUGCCUACCUAGCCCGCGAGCGCAAGGAGCUGGUUCAGUCUCUUGAGAGUUUCUUGGACUGUAGCGUGGUGCUGCCCCCCACGGAUGCCCCCUCAGAGUCAGCCUUACGUACCCUGGUACCCAUGCAGCAAGAACUGCUUCGAAGGCGCUACAAGCUCAGCCCCUCUAAGCCUGAUCCUGACUUCUACAAAGGAAUAGACUUGAACGGGGCUCCCGUGGGCCAGGAUGAUCCCUUAGCGCGCACAGGCCAACUCUUUGGGGGCGUAGCUCGGGACAUUCGGCGCCGCUACCCCAAGUACCUGAGUGACAUCACUGAUGCACUGAGCCCUCAGGUCCUCGCCGCCGUGGUCUUCAUCUACUUCGCGGCGCUGUCACCCGCCGUCACCUUUGGUGGCCUCCUAGGAGAAAAGACUCACAACCUGAUGGGGGUGUCGGAAUUACUCAUCUCCACGGCCGUGCAGGGCAUUCUCUUUGCCCUUCUGAGUGCCCAGCCUCUGCUUGUGCUCGGCUUCUCGGGACCCCUGCUUGUUUUUGAGGAGGCCUUCUUUGGGUUCUGCCAGAGCAACGGCUUUGAAUACAUCGUGGGCCGGGUGUGGAUUGGCUUCUGGCUGGUGCUGCUAGUGAUCCUGGUGGUGGCCUUUGAGGGAAGCUUCCUGGUGCGCUACAUCUCUCGAUACACCCAGGAGAUCUUCUCCAUCCUCAUCUCUCUCAUCUUCAUCUACGAGACCUUCUCCAAACUCAUCUCGAUAUUCCAAGAACAUCCACUGAAGAGAAAUUAUACCAGCAAUGUGAGCUGGCACCCCAAGCCCAGAGAGGCCCUGCCCAACACUGCCCUUCUCUCCCUUGUGCUCAUGGCCGGAACAUUUUAUUUUGCCAUCACGUUUCGCAAGUUCAAGAACAGCUCUUUCUUCCCUGGAAAGCUACGCAGAGUAAUCGGAGAUUUUGGUGUUCCCAUUUCCAUCUUCAUUAUGGUUUUGGUGGAUGUGUUCAUUAAAGACACCUAUACCCAGAAACUCCAAGUGCCCAGUGGUUUUGAAAUCUCUAAUAAAUCGGCCAGAGACUGGUUCAUUCACCCCCUGGGCUUGAACAAAACUUUCCCCCUCUGGAUGAAGUUUGCUUCUGCUGUGCCGGCUCUGCUUGUUUUCAUCCUCAUCUUCCUGGAGACACAGAUUACCACGCUCAUCGUCAGCAAGCCGGAGCGCAAGCUGAUCAAAGGCUCCGGUUUCCACUUGGACCUGCUGCUGAUCGUGGGCAUGGGCGGCCUGGGCGCCCUCUUCGGGAUGCCCUGGCUCAGUGCCACCACGGUGCGGAGCGUGACCCACGCUAAUGCCCUCACUGUCAUGGGCAAAGCCGCUGCUCCCGGCGAUCGGGCUCAAGUCCAAGAGGUUAAGGAACAAAGACUCAGCGGACUCUUGGUCUCCGUGCUCGUGGGUGUCUCCAUCUACAUGAAACCCAUCCUGUCGAAGAUCCCAAUGGCUGUCCUUUUUGGCAUUUUCCUAUACAUGGGAGUCACAUCGCUGAGUGGCAUCCAGCUCUUUGACCGAAUGCUGCUGCUCCUGAAGCCUCCCAAAUACCACCCUGAUGAGCCCUACGUCAAGCGGGUAAAGACCUGGCGUAUGCACCUGUUCACUGGCAUCCAGAUUAUCUGCCUGAUAGUGCUGUGGGUGGUAAAAUCAACGCCUGCCUCCCUGGCGCUGCCCUUUAUACUCAUCCUCACUGUGCCCUUGCGACGAUUCCUGCUGCCCCUCAUCUUUCGAAACUUGGAGCUCCAAUGCCUUGAUGCUGAUGAUACUGAGAUCACCUUUGAUGAAGAAGAAGGUAGAGAUGUGUAUGAUGAAGUACCCAUGCCAGUGUGAGCCAGGAAUAUGAAGCUGGACCCAAGACUGCCCCCAACAUUCUCCCAUACUCUCUUAGGACAUAGACACCUCCUUCAUUGCCUACAGCAUUAGGGAAGUCCAUACCCACUCUGGAUGAAAAUAGAGGAUCCUGAAUUGGCAAAGCAUUCCUUUGGGCCCAGAUGGAUUGCCCACUGCUAGGAUGGGGAGCUGAAAAUAUGGGAGGGGGCGAGGAGGAACCUCUAGAGAAAACUAUUAUUUAUGGGUUUUAUUGUUUUGUUAUUUGUAUAUUGUGCCCCAAGAAUUAAGAGCAACAGAAACUUCUCUGGCUCUCAGUUUCCCCAUCUGUAUAAUAAGAGAAUUAGACUAAAUUACCUCUAAGAUUCCUUCCA